AUGACAUAUUUGGGCGAUGACAUCUGUGCCGGCGGCAUCAUUGACUGCCUCUACACCCUCUACGCGGGGUCAACUGGCGGUGGCGUCUUCAUGGACUUGACAGUGUCGCACCCGCCAACGUUGGUUGUUGUCACGUUUGGCAAACCACCCGUGUCCUCUGCGGUUGUUUUGGAAGCUGCAUACGAUGAUGAGGCAUCUUUUAUUAUGAACUUAAUGCGGACGUAUCCGUUUUCAAAAUUUAUGUUGGUCACCUACGCAGAGGAGGCCACGUUGGCUUCAGGGCAGGCUUCAGUGGGAACGCCUUCUAUGGAAUGGGUACAAAAACUUCCCCCAAAAUUCUGUUGUGUGCAUCUCUCGAGCUUUCAGCGUCAUGUUGUGUGUGCGCCAGCUGUGUGUGAAGUCAACCCCGACUGGAUCCGUGAAUUACAGGGCAUGUCGCAGAGUCUGCAUACCCCCCAGGAGCUUGUGGUGAGCCUGUUCCUUAGAAUAGGGCUUCGCAUCAAGCUGACGACGUUGUGCCACCUUUCUGCUGAAGGUCAUUGGAUGGGAAACGAAAAUCUCGUUGCCGCGUUGCUGGAGCGUAUGGCUGCGUGGGCGGACAAGGAGGCACAAACCUCCUUCACAGAUGUCUCUUCCGUGGUGGAUGGCACCCUGCAAGUCCGCUGCAGGGCGCACUUUGAAAGGGUGAACCACAUGGUACCACACCAUAGCAUGCUGGAGUUGGGAUUUCGCAUAAAGAGCCUGGUCUCUCACCGCGAUGCUGAGGGUGAUGCUGGUGGUGGUGGUGGGGCGGAGAUGAAUACGUUGGCAAACCAGCUGACAUCAAGGAAGCCGCCGAUCUGGUUGCUGGUCCUUCAUGCCUGUGGUAGCGGUAGGACGCGUCGCUCGCUGGAGGAGGUGACGUGGCUGCUGGAAAACCUCACCUUGAAUGAUGUGGUGUUUGUAUCCCUGGCAGGGGAUGUGGUUGUUCAGCCCAGUCACGCGCCAGAGGCUAUCCGUCAGUGGGAAGUCAACAAGGACGAUGCGCGACAACGCCGUAAAAAGCAUCGCCCCCCACUUCAGCUGGCAAUGGUGAGUAUGUGGAAACAGGCAAGGACGGUGUUGCGCCAUUGGCGUUAUGAACGUCAUUGUCGCCUGGUUCGUGGAGAGUCCGCCGCGGAUUGUCGUAUUGCGAUUGUCUUUUUUGCGCCCUCCCACGGUGGAAGCUCUGAGGAGCUUUCGCUCUCCUCCGUGAGGCGUGGGCCGGCCUUCUACCGGGUUCCUGUGUUUUGUGUGGUCACGCCAGAGCGGGUGAAGAAGGUGCGUGUGCUGAUGGAUCUCUGUUUACUUACACAAGGACGACUUCUCUACACCACCGGUGAUGUGGCGGACUUUGACGCCAACAUUCCCUCCGAAGGGGCGUGUAAAAGUGUGAUCCAAACGACGCUGCAGCUCAUCCGUGACAUCUCUCACUUGAAUGCCGCUUUUUUUUUCGUGGCUGGUCACAGUAGCGGGCGCCCUGUGGAGUUGCUGACGACCUCAACAACAUUUGGAGAGGCGUUUGCAGCACUUCUGCGCAGCGACUCUCUGACAGGGGGUAGAACAGGCAAGUAUCUGUUGUUGGGCCCACUUCAGAACGAGUCCGAGAUUCCUGUUUACAUCUCUCAACGCUUAUCAGAGACGUUGGAUAUGGCGGACACGCGGCUGCGUAUGAUGGUGUGUGCCUACACCAUUGACGGGGGGGACUACGAGGUGGUGCCGCUGAGGUCAUUGGGGGGUCUAAAAGGCACCACACAGCCCGAACGCGUGUGGUGGACACGUCUGCGGUUUGUCUCGGCGCUGCUGGAUGAAAUGCAACCACGAAGAAUGUGCCCCACCAUCAAAUCAAAGCACCUGCUUGAGGGCGAUGCUGAGGGCUGGAAUGGGGCGUAUGCCAUGAGUGAUACACACCUCACAAAUAGAGGAGGGCGAUGUGGACUGCUCUUGGCAAGCUGGAUCCUCUCAGAGUGUUCAGCGCAGCCCAUACGGGGGCUGGAGCACGCUGUACUCGCGUCCUUUGCCUCGUCGAGUCACGAGUUAAGCAGCGUUGUUCUCUGGAGAGAAAACGAAGGGUGGUGGGCGGUACCUCCGGCGGCCCCUUGUUCCGCGCGCCUCACCCCCCGGCCACUAGUAAAUCUGUCAUGGACGAACUUUUCAGUUCACGGGACGUAUGCGUCCAGUGUGGCGGCAAUUCUCUCUCGCACCUUUCCCUUUAACCCAAUGAAGCAGCAACUCUCGUCACUCGCUUCAUCCACAACUCUGGCACUUGAAUCAAUCCAGUACAACAAUGCCGUUAUUCGCCUUGCCUCGGCAGAGCAUGUCCCUGUGCUGAAGGAGGCCACAGAGCGUUAUAUCGUACUUUCUACAGUGGACCUGGCCACGGAAACAAUGACAAUGCGGCAAGUCAUCCCUGCUACCUCGCCUAGUGAUGUCGUGCGGAGUAUUGCGCACGAGUUUAAGAAUUUGGCAUUGAAACAAAUUUACUGCGUCGUCCACCUUGCUCUACGUCGGGCACCAGCUUUAUGGGUCUCCCAGGAAGAUCUAAUGGUGGCUGACGGGAUCGCUUUUUCCACACCAUUUGCGAGAGUGGAGAGUGUUAAUGUUAUUGCAGUCAGUCACGAUCGUGCGGAGGUGGAGUGGAGUGGAACAGCAAGAACUGUGCAACUUACCUGCCGCCCAAUCUCCGAGCAUGAGUCGCGAAGCAAGAACGCAGUAUUAUACGUGUACUCGGAGGACGGUGAACGUGUCACUUCAGGGGUCAAUGUUGUAUCACAUCAUGUCAUCACGGAACUUAAUCCCUGCACCAUUUAUAGUUUGGAGGUACGACCGGUGGAGCUUGGGGAGGAUCGGUCUAUGGUGAAAAGCUUUCUGUGGUCGGAGGGUGUCGAAUUGUACUUUGCCACGUGUGUAGAACACAAGCGGUCCAUGUUGCGUUUGAAUGCCGCUAUCCCGUCCGAGUCAGGUGUUACUCUGACCUUCUCCUACCCAAUCUAUUCAGAGGUGGUGGUAUUGUCCAGUUCAGCAGCGUUGGGGUUGCGUGUUACGCCAACCAUAACACCUUUAAAUGCCCCUGAUGAUGCUCAGUUGGUGAAGACAGAGGACGGAGAGGGAAACGAACAUGUUGUGACGUUCUACGCCAAGGGCCUUGGUACGUUGUUGCUCCAUAUUGCCUUUGAUGUGGAUAUUCGUCCCACUUUUUGGCAAGGCAGAAACAAGUGCAGGCGUAUGAGCUGGUCGAGACGCGCGAUGGCACCUCAGACGGAAGAGAUGGGUCCUUUUGAGGUUGUGAGUGGUGUGUGCUGCGCAGCUAUACACGCCAGGUCGGUAGCGCUUGCGUGGGAGGGCAUUUCCUUUUUAUUCAUUGUGUGCCUCACAACCUGCAACAGCCACGGGGAGGAGGUCUCCGUUUGCGAGUGGGUGGUGUCUGGAUUAGGAUCCCUGUGUAUUACGUUGGAUGCCCUGGUGCCAUGCACGAGGUACACGGCGAGGGUGAGGACGGCAAACAACGCAGAAACGGGGAGUGUGGAGUUUUACACCCCACCCGAUGCCCCCUCGCAGGAGGUGGUGACUGCGACAUCCAACAUGGCCUCCCUUCUACUGCGUGUGCAGCUUCGAGCUAAGGAUGAGGGGAAUGAGUUUAUCUCCGUUAGACUCAUACCAAAGGCUCCUUUUUUUAGCAACGCAGAUGGAACUAGCGGGGUUGCGGUUGAGAGCUACGCACAGGUGCCAGUUUGCCAGCCAGUUGUUUUGGGGAUUGAGGCCAACUGGAGAGUCAACUCGACAGAGAUUCUGUGCAGCGAACCUACCCUUCUCUUUGCCGUCACAGACCUGCGGUGCGUGAGGGAAACUGACGGUUGUGUUACUAUGGUCUGGACCUGCGCCGCCGAGCGUCACGGUUCGCCGCUUACCGUGUCAAUCGACGAAGAGUCAUUUGUGGUACGGACCUGUAACAAGUUACGUAUUGAACCGCCUUCAUCCACUCCUGUUCGUGUCUUGUUUCACGGACCUGCCAUUAUUCAAGAGGUGACGCCAAUUUUUUUGAUACCGGGGCCUCCCCCACUGAAUUUUUUUAACUGCACCGUUGGCGCCCCCGUUGGAAACGCCAUGGAGGUUUGUAUCGCAACGGAUUUCCUUGUGUUGCUCCGUCGUCUGUUUGCUGACGUGAUGGAGCAGUUACGCGUAUUCCUCAACGUCGCUGCGACUGAAACUGCGGAGAGCAAACAAUAUGAACUCCCAUUGAAGGAAUACGACGAGGACGACGUGGUGGUGCAGGUGUCCGUGCCAAAGUCCUCUGAGCAUAGGGCAGUGGUGUUACGCGUGCAGCUGCGGGAGAGUGACGAUGAUGAUGGUAAUGCGUUAUUGCGCAGUAUAACAGAUGAGGCGGCGCUGUGUUCCCGUCCCACGUUGCUUAUUCCGAAGCCUUUCUCUGAGGCCUUCACAGUUCCCAUAACUUUGCCGGCGCGUAUCAAGGAGCUGCGGGUCAUGGCGUUACUACCAACAUCGGUCACUCUCGCCUGGGCCCCGCCCGAGGGCGUGGGUUCUUAUGCCGCAGACUGCGCUGAGGUGUGUGCCACAGUCCGCUGUGUGGUGCAGGAGAAUCACAGGUGGGAAUGCAGACUGCCUGUGCCAUUGCCUACCCGUUCUGUGAGUGUUGGGGGUUUGUUCCCUGCCACCCCGUAUCAUGUGGCGGUUCGUGGUUGUGACGACGAUGAGGGUGAAAGUGUUUGCAUUGUAACCCCUCACGAGUUCACGGAUGACGCGCUCAGUGAUUUGUUGCUUUCCGUGGAGGCGUCGUUGGCGGGAAGUGACAGUGAAGGUGCAUUGCCAGUUUGCUUGCACAGCGGCCGGAUGAUGACGGAGGCGCUUACGCUUCAAAUGACGCUUCCGCCUGCGAAGUGCACUUGUUGGACGAUUCCUGCCCACUCUGCAUGGCUUGCGGAGGAGACGGGGGAGUGUGGGGAGAUCUCCUCAUGUCUCUGCGUGCGUGCCUCGCUACACGUGGCAGUCACUGCGGAGUCGGGGGAAUCUAUGCAGUUGUGGAGCACUGCGGGCAAGUCGCAGGCGCUGAGCGUCUUUCACACGUUCCCGAUUGUGCAGGAUGCACUCGUUGCGUUGUUGCCACGUCUUGAGAUGAAGUGGGCCUCCGAUGUACAAUACAUGCCGCGACGGCAGGAAGAGGACUCUGGCGAUGCGGCAACUUGUGUGGAGGCGGCAAACACAGUCGUGGAGACGGCGUUGACUAGACGCAACACCACCCCUGCCCCUACCUCCGCGGAUACAGUGCAGUCUAUUGUCACUAGGACUACCACAGUGGGCACAAUGUCUGUGAGCCUGCCACCCGACAGACGCAUAGUUGUCGAUGUUGUGGGCUGCACACGGCUCCAGAGUAUGGAUAAGGAUCACUGUACCGUCGAGUGGGAUGGCUCUUGCAACUUAUACACGGUUCACUGGCGUGUGGCUCCGGCGGGGGCGAUUCACACGGCAACAGUCAUGCGUCAGCCAGGCGGGCGUCCACAGUUUACGGUUGACCUCCGUUUGCUGAGUUUUACAGUCUUAAUGUUUUGCGUGCAUGGCGCGGAGGGUGUCUCAAACUGUGCCCUUUUCACUGUGGUGGUCCCGCUGACUGCGACGGGACCUCAGCUGUACUCUCAUAACAAGGAAGAGGCUGCAGAGAGGCAGAUUCCUGUGGGUUUGUCUUCGGAGUUGGUGGGGGUGGUGUGGCCUGCUGAGAUGGGGGACCGUCUGCCAGAUGGCUGGAAAGACGUUGUGUGCUCCCUGAGUGUGACGGAUCGGUCAAACAGUGUGUGGGUAGCUGGGUUUACAGAGAUGAUGGGGAACCGGUUUGGUGGGAGGUCUCCCAACCCCUCUUCCAUCAAAUGGUUAGAUCCAGUGGUGUCUAUCCCUACGCUCAUGGCGUGA